AACGCGCUGUGGAGAAGCGGCCAGGUGGGGCCUGUGUGUGGUGGACCGCUGUCCAGGUGCGAGGAGCGGCUAAGCGAGCGCUCCCGGGAGAAGCUGGCGCGGACGCCUGAGGUAAAAGAAUGGCUAACUCCAUUGCAUCAAAGAACUUUACUGCACUUUCAGACCUGCAUCCAAAUAUGGCUAAUCUGAAAAUAAUCGGCAUAGUUAUUGGAAAAACAGAUGUCAAAGGCUUUCCAGACAGAAAAAAUAUUGGAUCAGAAAGGUACACUUUCAGUUUCACCAUUCGUGAUUCAACAACCCAUUUUGUAAAUGCAACAUCGUGGGGCAAGGAAGAUUACAUCAGAUCACUUUCUGAUGGCUUUCGUGUUGGCGAGUGUGUGAUAAUUGAAAAUCCCCUGAUCCAAAGAAAGGAAUUAGAAAGAGAAGAAAAGUUCAGCCCUGCAACUCCUAGCGAUUAUAAACUAUUGCUCAGUGAGAAUCACUCAAUGGUAAAAGUUUGUUCCAGUUAUGAAGUGGAUGCGAAGCUACUUUCUUUGAUAUACUUACCUGUUAAAGAGUCUUGUGAUUAUUAUUCAUUGGGUGACAUUGUUGCAAACGGACACAGUCUUGAUGGGAGAAUUAUUAAUGUCCUUGCAGCUGUGAGGUCGGUUGGAGAGCCAAAAUACUUUACAACUUCAGACCGAAGAAAAGGCCAGAGGUGUGAAGUUAAACUCUAUGAUGAGACAGAGUCUUCUUUUGCAAUGAUAUGUUGGGAUAAUGAAUCUAUUCUACUUGCACAGAGCUGGGUGCCACGAGAAACAGUAAUAUUUGCCUCAGAUGUAAGAAUAAGUUUUGACAAGUUUCGGAACUGCAUGACAGCAACUGUAAUCUCAAAAACCAUUAUUACAACUAAUCCAGAUACACCAGAAGCUAACAUCCUAUUGAAUUUUAUAAGAGAAAAUAAAGAAACGAAUCCUCUGGAUGAUGAAAUUGACAGUUAUUUGAAAGAAUCCACAAAUUUAAAUACAAUAGUUGAUGUCUAUACAGUUGAACAAUUAAAGGUAAAAGCUUUGAAGAAUGAAGGAAAAGCUGAUCCUAUCUAUGGAAUUCUUUAUGCUUACAUUUCUACACUGAACAUUGAUGAUGAAACUACAAAAGUAGUUCGAAAUAGAUGUUCAGGCUGUGGUUACAUUGUAAAUGAAGCAUCCAGCACUUGUACAACUUGCAACAAAGAUUCUUCAGAAUUUAAAUCAGUUUUUCACAGCUUCCAUAUGCUAAUUGAUCUUACUGAUCACACAGGUACCCUCCAUUCCUGUAGUCUCACAGGACGUGUUGCUGAGGAGACUUUGGGCUUCACGUUUUUUUUAUCUCAUAGAGCAAGGGGUGGACUGAGAGUGAGUGUGCUCUCCUGUAAGCUCGCAGAUCCUAUCGAGGCAAGUAGGAACUUGUCUGGACAAGGAAAUAUUUAAAAACCAGACGUCAUUUUAAACUCUGGAAAAGAAUACGAGUUUUAACCGCCUUUAAAGUGGAAAAUGAGUUUGAAAAUUACAGAUAAAAUUGUAUUUUGUUCAAAU